GGUCUAUAAUUUUAUUGAAGGAAUAAACAAAGGGGGGUAGCGUUGUGACAAAGGUACAACACUUUGAUGCGCAAUUGACAAUCUCAAUGAUCAAUAAUCACUUCUCUGUUCUCUCCGCGCUCACAACGCAUGAAAUGAUGUGACUAACCUCAUUCCCCUGCUUCUUGUUAACCCCGCACCCACCCCUUCUCUCCUCACCAUCUCCAUCUCCCUCUCCCUCUCUCUGCCCUUGUGAAUAUAAAGGAGGAGCAAAAUAAGAUAAGAUCUUCAAGAGACUUGAAGAGAGAUCUGUUCAAGAAAUUAAAGAGAUGAGAAACCAGUUCAAUCAUCAUCAUCUCCAUCACAAAUCCACAUUCUUGCCAAUCUUAUGUUCUAGGCCAUGCAUCAAAGAUGUCGCCAUUCCCAACUCCGCUUCAUCCUCCAACGACCCUUUGUCCCCAAGAGUGGGUUGCAUGGGCCAGGUCAAGAGAAACAACAGAGUGAUGGGCUUCCCGGCUUCCCACAGGUUCACCGCCACUGCCAACGCCACCGCCGCCGCCAAGAACGCCAACAGUGUCAAAUAUUCCAAGCUCAAGAAGUUCUUCUCCAGCAAAAAUCUCGUCGCCACUCCUGGCGGCAGUAUCAGUGGCAGUAGAAGAGAGCUGAUUGUGGGUGGGCGUCGUGGGUCGUCCAAGAUUGAUUGCCAUGAAGAUGAGAAUUAUGCGACCGUCAUCAACGUUGUUGAUUUGGACCCACCUUUGCCGGUGAUCAAGCGGGUGCAACAACGUGGAGAUGGAGGAGAUUCAGAAAGUCUUUGGAAGAGGAGGUCUGGUGGGGUUGCUUUGAAGACUUUGCAGCUCCAACCCCUUCAUCUUCCUCCCCAUUCUCUUCAACCCAACUCUGUCUGAUCACAAAAACUCCAUCCAUCACUGGAGACUGGUGACAGAUGGUUGUCAAUUAAUUAAUGUAGAGAAAAUGUAAAUGAUUUUUAAUUUUUCUUCAUUUUCAGAAUUGUUUGGUUCUACCAUGAUUCUGUUUCACUAUUUCUUUUUUAUAUCAAUAUAUACACACAUAUAUGAUCAUAGAUCUAGGGUUUUUUCUUUCAG